UCAGCUGCAUCUAGUAAACAAAACGUGAGGAAGAGAAACUAGCGUGCAACGACGGUGUUGUAGGGCAAAACAAUCAUCAUUUGCAGAGUGAUACUUUCUCAUAUAUCCAUAUUCUAAUACCCAUUUACUCAAUGGAACUUGAUACAAGCGACAGCGGAUCGUAUGCAUCGACAAAUUACCCAGACGACUACUAUCAGGAGGGGCUGGAUCCAUUUGAAGACAUUGUUGAAACUGAAGAGGGUAAAGAGCCACCACCUCAAAGUGUCAUACCUGCAGACCAAGAGUGUAGCAUGCCAACAACAACUGCGGGAGAAAAUGGAAAUGGAACAUUCACAUGAGUGAUCCUGAUGAGGCUGCUGUCAAUAACAGGAGAAAGAGAAGACUUGACUAUGACAGGCAGUUUCGAAUCAAACCAUUAAUGAAUGAUAUUCGUCGUGCCUGCCUAUCCAAUUUCCACCCACGGCGAAACCUGUCUAUACACGAAUGGAUUGUUCCAUCAAAAGCUAAAAAAGGACUAUUGGCAGAAAGCAAAUCGAAGCACACUAAAAGGGAUUUCAAGAUGUUUGUCUUGACUGACUCCAGCAAUGGUUAUACUAUGGACUAUGUUGUUUACAGUGACAAGACCACUUUCCCGAAUGGCUAUGGGUUGGCUUACGAUGCAGUGAUGUCACUCAUGAGGCCCUCCUACCUCGGAUCAGGUUACCAUCUGUACCUGGACGACUUCUCCAGUCCAAAACUAUUCAAGAACUUAUUAACCCUGAAAAUGGGAGCGUGUGGUACCAUGCGGGAAGCCAGACUGGGCUUCCCAAGAUCAGAAGAAAAUGCACUGACCAAGAAAUCCCCAAGAGGAUCUUUACGGUGGAUAAGGGAUGGCUCCCUGCUCUUUGUGAAGUGGAAGGAUGCCCGGGAAGUGUCGAUGGGUUCCACCAUUCAUCAAGUGUAUGGAGGGGAUACCAUACAAAAGGGAGUGAAAAACAAGGAUGACAGCUGGACCCGGAAGUCUAUUCCAGUCCCUACGCCGGUUAUGGCAUACAAUAAACGCAAGGGCAGUAGUCUCAUAUCUGAUCAACUGAUUCAAUACUUUUCAGUCCAACAGAAAACAAUGAGGUGGUACCACUGCUUAUUUUACCACUUUGUGGACAUAGCGACUACGAACAGCUUCCUGAUUCACAAGGAACUACGCAAGGAGAAUGGGACUGAGCCAAUGACCAAACAAGCAUUUAUAGAGAAACUUACGGCCCAGCUUUGUGGGGUGCCACUGUCCGAAGUGCAUCCAUCCAAAACAAGGAAAAGUAGACACACACCAGUCACUAUCGCAAGGGUGAGGAGAGAUGGAUCAGAAGAAAACAAACGAAUGCCUUGCCAACAAUGCAAGAACAGUGGGAAUGAAGAUAUAAGAUCUAGUCAGUGGUGGUGCAACGCGUGCCAGGUACCACUCUGUGUGGGGAUCAGGGAUAGAAACUGCUUUUAUCAAUGGCAUAAGUGAAUCCAUGCCAUCUCCCCAGACCUGCAUUUCAGUUAUGCAGCCUGGGCUGGCACGAGCAAAAAUAAAAGCUAGUGACACGUUUGUAUGACUGGAGUGGGAUAGCACUAUUUUGUACGCGGGAGCUGUUUGCUUUAAUGAACCGGUCAUUGUAAAACUGUUUUAGAAAGAAGCUGACCUUGGUCUACCAACAGACCAGUAACGCCCAAACAGCGGUUCUACAUUUACUUCUAGAUAAACAUUUAAGCCCCCCUAGGGGAGUUGUAUUAAAGAACUACUUUCUUUCCCAAUAAUGUAAUGGGCCUGAAGGUAAAAUGUCACUGCUGGCCUAAAGAAAAAGUAAAAGGCCAUGAUGGUGUCUUGGUAUCUCACUGUAUCUUCCAAACACAAACAAAAUGUACUGUUUUACUGUAAAAUGCAACUGGGGGAAUGAUCAGUGCCUUCAGAAAAUAUUCAUACCCCUUGACUUAUUUCACAUUUGUUGUGUUACAGCCUGAAUUUGAA